AUGAACACGCUGAGAAGCUGGGCAAGUAAGCUGACAAGAGAAGCUGGAAGCAAAUUUGCUCGAGAAGCUGGAAGGAAGCUUGUAAGAGAAGCUAGAAGCGGGCCAUGCAAGCCAAAUCUGGAAGCAAGCUUGGGAGGGAAGCUGAGUGGAGAGGGUAUAUGUAUAGCCAUACGCCGUACACCUUGGAAACCGCUCCGCUUGAAAACAGCUUCAUUCUGCGUCAGCACAAUCAAGCUUCACAGGCAAUUCGCACUCGUUAUGAACGAAUUCGGUGGCCUAUUUCAAGGCCGGCCUGCUGUAUCAUCUCGAGCACCACCGCUGAGGAAGGUUCCGGCCUUGGAGAAGGAGCGGUCAAACACUGCUGGGUCAAGGGUGGAAUGCAGUGCAAGACAACAAGAGGAUGCUUUCAUGCUGUAUUCAUCAUCCCCAGAGUCGCCGGUCGCGCCUCCUCACCUUUUAAGAACACCAACGACUGCCCCAAGAACACCAAUGACUGAUCCCAGAACACCACCGACGGCUCCAAGCAUACCAACGACUCCUCCAAGAACAUCACCCACUGCGCCAAGAACACCACCAACGGCAUUUCCCAGUACCGCCGCCAACACCAGGCAUCCCAGAACACACACGACGCAGAGAAAAGGCUUCAAGAGCGGAAGUCAGGCGUGCAAAAGCACCAAAAGCCGCUGGCCACGGCUUGCUUGGCUGGAGGCAGUGGGCAACUUCUUCGUAUCAACAGGCGUCUGGAUGCGCUGUCUCAUGUGCUGGAUCGGACGACUCAAUGACUGGUUGAUGCUGCUUUGGCCGUGCCUGGUCGCAUGCGCACAGUGGCCGUACCAUGUUGGCCGCUGGACAUACCACAGCAUGGUUCCAAUGAUGCGCCGCGGUGUGAUCCCCAUCGCACUUGUCCUCGCGCAUUGCCUGUUCAUGUGGAGUCCAGAGGUGCGUCAUGCUGUGACGAUUGUCGGGCGUGUUGCGAGCAUUGUUCCAGAUCGCGCCACCCAGGACUGCCGAAGCAGUUUCUUCAGACCUUCUUUCAUCAGCGACAACAGCACGCCUCCGUUAUGGCAGCCGAUAGACUGGAAUGGUAUGGCUCGACAGGAUGCGGCGGAGGCGGAGAUGGCGCAGCGCUUGAAUUUGUCACAGGGUGUGGUUCGAGAGUGGGCCAGCAAUACGCGUCUUCUAUGGGCAGAAGCUGGCACUGCUGGCGAUGAUGGAGGAGGCGACUUUGAUGGGGAUCUCGCGGCGUGCCGCGCGGUGUUAGAGCGAGUCGAGCAGGCGGCGGAGAUGCAGGCGGCACUGGGCGAUCAGCUCCAUCGGGUGUUUCUCGAGUAUGCUGCGGCUGUGACGGAGCUUCGAGAUCGCGUCAGCAUGGUGGUGGACGAGAAGCCAUGGUCGUCGUCGAGGUGGUGGUGGUGGCGGUGGGUGAAGUGGGCGGCGGAGACGUGCUUUCCGCAAUGGCUGACUCGGCGCUUUCGGCACGCAAUCGAACAGGAGCAAAUGGCUCGGCUGGCAUACUGGCUGCGCGACUGGGGCGUGAAUCGAGAGCAACCAUUGCUGCAGCUGUAUUCUACGCUGUCGCGCACACCACGCCGCAUCGAAAUAUUGGCCGGCCUGUUGCGACAAAUGGAAUGGGCUGAAACGUGGAUGCAACUUCUGGAGGCCGACCAGCCGGCUUGCGGCAUGUCGGCUGGCACGGUGGAGGAAAUGCGGGCUUGGCUCGAGGCGUGGCCGCGCAUGAUUCAGAUCAACGACGACGGCUCCAUUUCCCUCUCCCCUACACACGUCAGCGCCGACCAUCCUCUCAGCCACGGCGAUCAUCUGUUCCGCGGCAUUGCAGACGCGACAUGUGGAAGCGUGAACGCCGACAAGCUGCACGAGCUCUUGGACGCCUUGAGACGCGUCAACGUAUUCUAUCGCGACCCGCCCGCAAUGCGCCUCGAGCAAUACUCUGCUGUAGUGCGAACAUUGCUCCACGCCUUCGCAAACACAAGAGAAACUGUAGAUUGCCAAAAGACGCAUCGGAACAUCCAGUCCCAUCUGGCAUCAAUUGAGGUCGCCUUGCAGAUCGUCGGCCAUGUCAAAGCUCACGUCUUCGACAGGCAGAGCAUGGUUACCAUGGGAAGAGAGAGCAUGGUCGAUGUGGGAAGAGCAUGGUCGAUGUGGGAAGAGUAUGGUCGAUGUGGGAAGAGCAUGGUCGAUGUGGGAAGAGCAUGGUCGAUGUGGAAAGUGCAUGGUCAACGUGGGAAGCGGAUGGCCAAUAUGGGAAGAGCGUGGUCAGUAUGGGACGAGCAUGGCCAAUGUGGGACGAGCAUGGCCAACCUAGUUUGGGGGGAGCAUGGUAAGCCUGGGAAGAGUGCCAGCGUUACGAUCAGAAUCAUUUCGGCGCGAAGCCGGGCAACAUCAACAAUUAUUUCGACAAUGAGAGCUUCGACAGUGAAGAUUGAGGAGGCUCAGCCGGUCAAGCAGAAGAUGAAGAAGAAUACAAUGACUAUUGAUUGGUACAUGGCGUCUCACUACGUUCAAUGGUUUUCCACACCCGAUCCGUGUCUGCCACUGAAUCGAGGGAGUGCCAUUGGGUUGCAACGCGGAGCUUCGAACAGCAGCUACAGGGCGGGACGCCUCACGGCCUACGCAGUUCCUGCAGCCACGAAGCUUCGAGACCACCUCAGACAACUCGAUCCUGCAGGCGCGUCAUUGUCAUCUACGUCCGCUGACCGUGUGUACAUGCGAGGAUGUCGAGCAUGGAAUGGUGACAUAUCCGUAGCGUCGGAAGCUGCAUUGUUGGCGUUCACAUAUACCUUUGACGCUCUACGACCACCGACAUCUGCUAUUCUCGUCAACCAAACGCCACCACUCAUUCCCUAUAAGCAUAUCAGCUACUCGCUACCUCCUCCCACGAUGAUCCCCAGAGUUGCCCGUGAAACCCUUGAGAUGGCUGCAGAUAUCUGGCACUUCCAGAAUUUCGACACAAAUCGUGGGCCACGGUCCGAUGUUUCUGUUGAUGGUAGGCGAUAUGUGUAUGUUCCAUGCGUGCUCAAUGAAGACGAUAUCCGCCGUUUGGCGGGCAUUGAACUUACAAGCUCCCGUAGCGAAGCCGAAAGUGACGAAAGUCUUGCUGGCAACGGCCGGGUUGAAGAAGGCUAUGCCUUGCUUAUCGAGAUGGCUUCGUGCGGAUGGAUGCAUUGGUUGAAAUUAAUGACAUCCUGGUCGACUCCAGGCAUUCCAAUAGACUUCAGAUAUUGUACAGGAGUUCUAAGAUCAAUUGUACAGGAUUUCCGACAGGUUGAACAUGAGCUUUUUCGUAAUUUUGAAAUCUGGAGGCUAAGGCUGGGAAUGAUCAUGAAGGCUAAGCAUGAUCGUGAAGACUGUAGAUCAUUUAUAAUCAUGAAGGCUGAGGAUGAUCAUUACAGAGGCCGAGGGCUGAGCAGGAUCAUAAAGGCUGAGCAGGAUCAUGAAGGCUGGAAUAAUCACGAAGGCGGAAGGGUUGAAGUGAAGGAUGAGAUUCGAGAUUCGAAUGGGGCUCAAGAAAUGGCUGAAGAGUUCUACACAGUAGUCCAGUUCCAUGGAGGUGUCCAACAGGAAUCAACUAGGUUGAAACCUGAUGUCGGGAAUCACCUGGAUGUUGGGCGAGAACAGAACCGAGAAUUACUCCAAGUAGGUGCGGCUGAUAAGCUCCAAUGUAUGGAUGGCUGCGGCCUGAUGUCUAACAGAGUGGUAGUGGAGACGGAUACGCAACACGCGAGCACGCAGGUCGCUAGUAUUGUCCUCUAG